GCCGCCCGCCCGCCCAGAGCGGUGGGUCCCGCAGUCUCCACGCCGCCCCCACGCGCCCCGGACCAGCGAGGAUAAGGGCAUUUCGAUCUAAACCAUUUGAAUCUAUUAAGUGGCCCUUAAAGUAAAUUGAAGCCCGGUGGAUCCGAUCAAUAUUUAAUGACAACAGGAAUUUUCAACAUGAAUUCUACAGAGACCAGCCCGUUGGCAGCAUCAGCUGUGAUUAGCCUCACGUCUGGGUUAGAAAGUGUCACUGUCACUCCUGUGCCUUCCAAUGGGACCACCUGUGAGAACUGGAGAGAAAUACACCACCUGGUUUUUCACAUAGCGAACAUUUGCUUUGCAGCCGGAUUGGUGAUUCCGACCACGCUCCACCUUCACAUGAUACUUCUUAGAGGAAUGCUGUCUAUAGGAUGUACCCUGUACAUCGUCUGGGCCUCUCUCUACCGAUGUGCCUUGGAUAUAGUGAUUUGGAACUCUGUGUUCUUGGGCAUCAACAUUUUGCAUCUUUCAUAUCUUUUGUACAAGAAGAGACCGGUCAAGAUUGAAAAAGAACUCAGCGGCAUGUACCGGCGGCUGUUUGAGCCACUCCGAGUGCCUCCAGACUUAUUCAGGAGAUUAACUGGGCAGUUUUGUAUGAUACAAACCUUGAAAAAGGGCCAGACUUACGCUGCAGAGGAUAAAACUUCAGUGGAUGACCGGCUGAGUAUUCUCCUGAAGGGCAAAAUGAAGGUCUCCUAUCGAGGACAUUUUCUCCAUAACAUUUACCCCUGUGCCUUUAUAGAUUCUCCUGAAUUUAGAUCAACCCAAAUGCACAAAGGAGAAAAAUUCCAGGUCACCAUUGUUGCGGAUGAUAACUGCAGGUUUUUAUGCUGGUCAAGAGAAAGAUUAACUUACUUUCUGGAGUCAGAGCCUUUUCUGUAUGAAAUAUUCAGGUAUCUGAUUGGAAAAGACAUUACAAAUAAGCUCUACUCAUUGAAUGAUCCCACCUUAAAUGAUAAAAAGGCCAAGAAGCUGGAGCACCAGCUCAGCCUGUGCACUCAGAUCUCCAUGCUGGAGAUGAGGAACAGCAUCGCCAGCUCCAGCGAUGGGGAGGAUGGCUUACCCCAGUUUCUGCGGGGCUCCUCCAGCCUGUCUUCUCUCCACGUAUCCUCUCCGCAGCAGCGAGCCUCUGCCAAGAUGAAACCAAUCGAAGAAGGAGUAGAGGAUGAUGAUGAGGUCUUUGAACCAAUGUCUCCAAAUAAAAUGAAAGUCCAUCAGCUGCCUUGAUCAGAAUUCGAGUAACAAGAUAAAAGAUGUCCUGCAGAAAUCCCAAGACAUCCCAACCCCGUGCCAUGGUUUUUAGAUUGUUCUGCUUUCAUCCAUCCAGGCUACAAGAGUCUGAGGGUAGGAAGGUGAGAAAGGCUCGGAGAUGGAAAGGUUAUCUCCUCGGUCCUUUUUAAUGGUGAGCCUUUUAAGUUUAUUGAGCCUUCUGACUAGCCCUCAGUCUGUUUUGAGAUAUAUAUUUCACACUAUUUUCUAGAUAUUAUUUUGCCUUAAACAAUCUUAGGGCUAUGUCAACACAAAUGCCUUUUCACUUAUUUUUCCACAUUGUGGCGCAUUUUUCUCACAGAAAAUUCUUUUCUCUAUUAUGCUAAUUUAGAAUGAGUUGUCUAUUUGAUAAUUUUAACAAUGUAAGUUGAAACUGAGGCUGAGGUAACAUUAAAAACCUUAUACUUUGUUCAA